AUGAUGCGGUUACAUUCUGUGCAGCUGAUGUGUCUGGUACUGAUGACAUGUCGUCUGCCCUUCGGACCCGUGGAUGGCGCUGCAACACUUAAGAUCAUCGAGACGGGUAGUGCCAAGGAGGUGCUUGCGCUGCUGGCGCCGAUCGCCUUCCCUAUCGGUAUCACCACCUCGGUCCUUACCGGCCGUGGAAUCAACAAGAGGUUCUCCGCACUCGGAGCCUUCAAAGCAGGCUUCCUCGGCCGUGUCCUUCUCGGCUUCGUCUGGCUACUCAUUUAUAAGUUCGCCAAAACAGUCGGCGGCGACCAACCUGGCAUAUAUACCAUCAUCAUACUCGGCGUCUGUUGCCAAGCCAUUUGCUCCGAGAUCAUGUUUGUCUCGCAAAUGGCCUUCUUUGCACAAGUCAGCGAUGUCUCCAUGGGAGGCACUUACAUGACUUUCUUCAAUACCGUCGCCAACCUCGGCAAUAAAUGGCCGUCAAUGCUGAUGCUUUCCUUAAUGGACCAGGGCCCGUUCAUAUUUUCGGGGUGGGAGACUUUUGUGGAGCUCACGACCAUUUGCUCCAUAGGCGGCGUAGCAUGGAUGGCUGCGGGAGGCCGACUGUUGGACCGACUAGAACAAAUGAACCCGUCUGAUUGGGAACUCUCUUCACCCUCUUCUAGGGUAGUAACUGAAGAUAGCAUGGAGUUAAUCAAUCAAGUAAAAAAGCGCAGGCCCUGA